AUGCCCGUCUUCGUCGUAUAUUUGACCAUCUUCCUCUCUUUACUGGAAAAGGUCGUCGCCGCCGGCGUGUCCUCGUCGCGAGUUGGCUAUGGAUCCUCCAGGUUUAGAGCGCCGAGGCAAACCUCUGGCGAUAGGUAUCUUCUUGGAGUGGGCAAGGCAGACAUUACGGGUCCGGUUGUCGAGAUUGGCUUUGCCGGCUAUGCGGACUUGGAUCAGAAGGGAUCGGGCCUCCGCCAGAGGCUCUACAGCCGUGCCUUCAUCAUCGGGGAUGUCGACAACCCUGACGAUCGGCUCGUGUAUCUAGUGCUCGACACCAUGUCGGGUGAUACAGCAGUGCGCAGGGGCAUUCUCGAGGGCUUGGGAAACCUGGGAUCCGAGUACGACGUGUACGGCAAGGACAACGUCGCGGUGACUGGGACCCAUAGUCACGCCGCGCCUGGCGCAUGGUUCAGCUAUCUCCUGCCGCAGGUGACCAAUUUAGGGCUCGACAAGCAGAGCUACCAGGCCAUUAUUGACGGGGCGCUGCUGUCUAUCAAGAGAGCGCAUGAGUCCUUGACGGAGGGCCACCUCGACCUCGGUAGGACUGACGUUACUGAUGCCUCGAUCAACCGCAGCGCCUGGGCCUACAUGGCGAACCCGGACGAGGAGCGAGACCGUUACGAGACGGAUGUGGACACGGCCAUGACGCUUCUGCGCUUCCGCCGGGCGUCAGACGGCAAGGCCCUCGGCAUCCUCAACUGGUUCGCCGUCCACCCAACAUCCAUGCACCAGAACAGCACCCAUGUGGCGGGCGAUAACAAGGGCGCUGCCGCGUACCUUUUUGAGAAGGCCAUGGAAGGGGACGAUAGUGCGGCCUCGGGUUUCGUGGCGGGCUUUGCGCAGGCGAACCAUGCCGACACGACCCCCAAGGUUCUGGGCGCCUGGUGUGACGACGGGUCGGGGCAGCAGUGCCGUCUGGAGAACAGCACCUGUGACGAUGGACGCUCGCAGGCCUGUCGAGGCCGUGGCCCCGAGUUCAGGAAACUCGACCUCGGCGUUUCCAGUGCGUAUGAAAUAGGGAGGAGACAAUACGCUGGGGCGAAGCUCAUAUACGAUUCUCUCGAUUCGUCUUCGACGCCCAUUAUUGGGCCCUCGGUCAAGUCAUUCCACUUCUUCCACAACAUGGCGUUCUGGGACUUCCACCUCCCUGAUGGUACCCGGGUGCGCACAUGCCCGGCAUCCCUAGGCUACUCGUUUGCCGCGGGGACGUCAGACGGCCCAGGGGCAUUCGACUUCACGCAGGCCGACUCGGGCGACCCGAGCGCAAACCCGCUAUGGAAGUUAGUGUCGGGACUUCUGCGGACGCCAACGCGCGAACAGCGUGAGUGUCAGGUUCCCAAGCCUAUCCUCCUGGACGUCGGCGGAAUGGAGUUUCCUUAUCCAUGGAGCCCAAAUAUCGUGGAUAUCCAAACCCUGCGGGUUGGGCAGCUGGUGAUGCUCGUUGCAAGCCCCGAAGUGACGACAAUGGCAGGGAGGCGGUGGAGGGAAGCGACAGCCGCGGCUGCAGAAGGCAUCGUGGAUAAUCCGAUUGUGAUACUUGGUGGACCAGCGAACACAUAUUCCCACUACGUCACCACACCGGAAGAGUACGACGUCCAGCGCUACGAAGGCGCUUCCACCUUCUUCGGCCGCCACACUCUAUCGACCUAUAUGAACCUGACCAUCCGUAACCUCCACCACCUGGCCCCGGACUCCACCACGCGCCCGGGCCCGGGCCCAUCGCCUCCGGAUAACCGAGCCGUGUCCUUCAAUUUCAACACGGGAGUAGUGCUGGAUGGGGCGCCGAUAGGUCGCAGCUUCGGUCAGGUACUCUCACAGCCCUUGAGGAGCUACCAACGCGGCGAGGUCGUAGAGGCUCGAUUUCAGGGGGCGAACCCGCGGAACAACUUGCGGCUCGAGGGGACGUAUGCGGCGGUGGAGAAGCUCGGGAAUGACGGGAUAUGGACCCGGGUGCGGGACGACGGUGACUGGUUCCUCGUGUAUGAGUGGAAGCGGACCAACUUCGUUCUGGGAUAUAGCCAAGCGACUAUUCGUUGGGAGACGGGGGAAGGCGGGGACGGACCGGAGCCGGGGACGUAUCGGAUUCGCUAUUUUGGAGAUGAGAGGAACUUCUUUGGCCGAAUUCGGGCCUUUGAAGGCGUUACGAAGGAGUUUUUGCUGGUGUGA